AUGCUGAUGCUGAGGGGAGCGCACGGUGCACCGGUCCUUCCAACGGCGACCCGGCGGCUUCAAACCAGACUCACGAGGCUCAGCUGCGAAAGUGAAAGUCCAGUGUGUUGGAUUCAGCGCAAGUGAAGAUGCACAAAUGGCUCUCGGAGCAAUGGGAUUCGAGUUGAGGAACACGUAAUCACGCCGAAGUCUCCCCCCCCCCCACCCCCGUCCCCCAAAUCCGCCCGAACCUACUCAUCGUAAAGGUAACCGGGAACUUUUUUUUCUUCUUCUUUUUUGUGUCGACCGCUGGGAUGUUGUGAGCGACAGCGUGCAUCCCGCAGCAGAAGGAGACGGGGAAGGAGCGGGGAAGGAAGCAGGGCGGCGGAGGCGCACCGGAGGCGCACCGGAGGGGGAUUAUGGCUCUCGCGGCGUUUUCGCUCAGCCUCGUCACGCUGGCGCUCACCAACUCGCACCUGACGACCGCCAACGACCGACACGGCGUGUACUGGAACAGCUCGAACCUACAGCUGCGGAGGGAAGGAUACACGGUGCAGGUCAGCGUCAACGACUACCUGGACAUCUACUGCCCGCACUACAACACCAGCCAGCGGGGGACGUUGGAGCGCGCCGUGGCCGAGCAGUACAUCCUCUACAUGGUCAGCUACCGCGGCUACCGCACCUGCGACCCCAAGCUGGGCUUCAAGCGCUGGGAGUGCAACCGGCCCCACGCGCCCAACGCCCCCAUCAAGUUCUCUGAGAAGUUCCAGCGCUUCAGCGCCUUCUCGCUGGGCUACGAGUUCAACGUGGGCCAGGAGUACUACUACAUCUCCACGCCCACCCACCACCACGGCCACAGCUGCCUGAGACUGAGGGUCUACGUCUGCUGCUCCACGGUUUCCCAGGCAGAUGAUGACUCCAGUCAGACCUCUCCCGACUACACAGUCAGGCCAAAUAUCAAAAUACACAACAUCGAUGAAUUUAACCCCGAAGUUCCCAAAUUGGAGAAAAGCGUCAGCGGCAGCAGCCCGUCGAGGGACCGCCUGCUCCUCUCCAUGGCGACGCUGUUCGUGUCCGCCGUCCUUUUGUCCUAGCGACUCGUCCCACCGCAAGUGACCCUUCACGAAGAGCCGCCUUGACCAAAGGGCUUUGUGUCCACCGAGUUGUUGUGUUGUGCAAGUAGUCAGAAACACGGACGGAGAUCAGAACGGAGCGUGCAGUAACACCACAAUUAAUAGGACACAGAAAGAGCAAACCUUGAACUUCACUUGACUUUUGAAAAAGGAGAGGCCUUUUUUUCUGUCAUAUUUACACUCCAUGUGUUGUUGGACGUCAUCGUCAUGUGAUAACACGGCAUUUCACGCAGGUGCGUCUGCCGCGGCAUGGAGACCACCAGCAAAAUUCAGAAUUAGACGUUUGUGCUGCUUGUCAAGCCUAUCCUCCGACAGGCACGUGAGAAACUUAGAAUGAGUUGAAUAUUGUAGCAUGGACAUAAAAAAAAAAAAAACACCCAAGGAAUUUGAUUUUAAAUAUACGCUUUGAAGAAAUGUGGAUUUUUUUUUAAGGCCUUGGACCACGGACCCGAUGGAUGUGACUCAAUUCAGACUGGAACUGUACUGAUCUCACCUGCGCUACACAGCGUACUGAUGUAACCGGUCAGUGAUGAGAACGUUAUCCUGGACAUUGAAGAAUGUUUUCACACCAGUGCGUUGGCGCUGCUGCUUCUCAAGAAAAAGGGAGAGACUUUGUGACAAGAUCCACGGGCCUUUUAAAAGAAUCCAUUUUCAGCUGACAUGAAAAAAUACCCGUGGCUUUUGUGAGAUACAGAUGCAAAGCCUGCUUCCCUUAGAGGACUGCGAGUGCCCUCUUAGAACUAGUCCUUUGUCUGCGUUUCCUGCCUUCACACAGUAACAACCCUAGAAAAGUACGGACUCCGGACUGGUGAUUUGACGGCACUUAGACGUGGUAGUUGUGUCUUUUGUUCCAAAGCAUUUACCUUCAGCACUUGUUGUAGAUUUUUCCGGAUGUCAAACCUUUUCUCCUCGCAGCAAUCAGCAGUCAUUCAGAAUCCCACUAAUUUACAAUUCUUAAAAACCUCCGCAGCAAGUUCCCAUUUAAUCCGUGAGAACACCAUCCAUUCUGUUUCCACUCCAGAGGUUGCCAGCCAAUCAGUGCUGAUGGCCAUUAAAGCAGCCGCGGUCACCAUGGAAACAACCCUAAACAGCCGCCAGAGUGCGGCAGGUGCCUGAGGAGAAAUUGUGCUUUGAGUCUCAAAGUAACGCUGCCGUCAUUUUGUUUAGAACAGAAAAAAAUAAAAAAACACAUGUGAAUGUGCAAAUAAAGAGAAGUUCACCUUUUUUAUAUUGUAAUACAGGACAACGUAGGAUGGAAUAAUCACAUUACAAUGUUGUGCUUUUUGAAUCGAUUUACUUUUAAAAUGUAUUUAUUUUAACAUUAAAGUAUAUUAUUUACCUAUCUAAUUUAUCAACGUGCAUUUAUAGGCCUUUGCUCAAUAAGCUACUGUGCCAUUUUUUUAUUGUUUUUUUUUUAAAACAGUGGAAUUUUUACUGCAGCAUUUUGCUUGUAUAGAUAGAUAGGCAGAUGUAAUUCAGCCUGCCAAAAAAGAGACGGUUAUCGGUUGUGACCGAUCAGUGGGGACAUACACUUAGUAACCCUACUCCAAUGUAACACACACCGCUAACCAGAUUGUGUUGCCGAAGCGCUCGUCACGAACGACGCAACUGACGGAAGUUCCUCACUGGCGAAGACGAGGGCCUCUACGUUGUAAUGUAUAUUUAUAAUACAUGCCGGUUAUUGAAUGUGGGUGCAUGUGCAGGAGUGAGUCUGGGUGUGUGUGUGUGUGUGUGUGUGUGUGUGUGUGUGUGUGUGUGUGUGUGUGUGUGUGUGUGUGUGCGAAGUGGGCAAAGAGGAGGGAAAAAAAAGAAAACCAACGUGUGCACAUUUGUGCGCGUGUGUAUGUAGAAUGUGUUUGUCCGCGCUUCUCCAGUCUGUUGCAUUUAGAAAUUCCGUACCCGUUAAGGACUCGUUCGUAGGAUCUGAAUAUGCAAGUGUGUAUGAGAGAGUGUGCUCUUCUGUGCUGUUGGUUUAUGUUUCGGGCUUUGGGAAGCGGGGCGAAAAGCAUUUACCGAGGGGUUGAAGACAACCACAAGAAACGUGUUUACCAUUGACGAGAAUGAAUAGAAAAAAAUAAAAUAAAACUGUAAAUUGAUCCAAGAAUGAUUAAAACAAUGCCUAUUAAAAUCUUUUUGCAAAUUUA